CCUAUUGACAAGUUGACAACUUUUAAUGUCGCAAUGUCACAAUCAUUAAACAAUUUUAAAAUAUCUACAUACCUAUAUAUGGGUGUUGGUAUUUUAUUAAUUACUUUUGUUUAGUUAUUACAUUUUACUUAUUAUCAUUUGUUGCUAAUGUUGUUGUACUUAUAAUGCUUAAGCAAUUGAUGUGCAGGAAGUUAUAUAAAACUUUUUACUAUUUAUUAAUAUUAUGUUGUCAAUAACUAGAUAAAUCUUUAGAUAACACAAAUAUGGAGUGUAAUUGGCUGAAAACUUCUCCAAGUUUGAAGAAAGGUAUUGAUUUAAUUAAUCAGUUGGAAGAGACAAAAUUUGAACAGUUUCUUAGAAGAAUCGUAGUCAAAUUAAAAAAUCAAGACACAGAAAUUUUCACAGAAGAGGAAAGAAGAAAACUUGAAAAGAUAUUUAAAGUGAACGAUGAACAAUUACUCUUAGCAAUUAAAUCUAUACUUUACAUUUUUAAAAGAAUUCUCAAAUUCAUCUUCAUGCCUGUAAACUUAAAAGCUGAUUUAUCGAAUAUUGGUUUCAAUGAUGAAAAGGUUAACUUUUUUAUUAAGAUUUGGUCUUCGGAAACAAAGUUAACACUAAAUGACUUGACAUCCACUUCGCUAAAUAAAUAUGAAGAUAACCCAGAUUUGCAGUGGAAGCUAAAUACAGAAUUAAGUUCAGAGUAUCAUAAAAAAAGUAAAGUACCUAAAGCCUAUCUAUCUUUUUUUGGUGAAUGUGAUGUUACUGAAGUAGAAUUAACACAUCAAGAAUUAAAUUCAAUUUUUUUACAAGUUGAGUCUAUUCAAAAUGAACUAGAUAAUCUUAUGUAAUAAUGUUUAUUAUUGUCUUAAAAAUGUGCCUUCUUUGUUGAUUGUUAUGAUUAAAAUAUGAUUAUUUUAUAUAGAAA